AUUCGCGACAAGUUGCUGGUAUGGUUUUGAGAUUAAAAAGUGUUUUGUUGUUAAAGUGUACGAAGAGUGUGUACAGUGGGACUGACACGUGAGGUAAGCAACAGACUCGAAAGUAGUUUCGCGAAGUGCUAUUGCAACCUUCAAAGUGUGAAAGAAGAGUGAUAUAGGUAAGCUGUCAAUGUGCAUCGAUCGAUCCGAGCUGCCGCUGUCAGAGAGGAACACUCCCAGAAUUUUCUGAGGCGGCUUCAUUACGACGCAUUGUAGGGCAACCGAUUCGAAGCGUAUUUAUCAAGAAACCGCAGGAUUCCCUAACUCGAAGGAAUUACUGGUCGUCCACUCAACGAAAAUAUUCGCAUGCCAGUGUGAAAGAAGUCAUAGCCUCCAGGAAUCGCAGCAGCGCCAGAUACAGCAUGCGGUGAAGAGGGCUUUACGCUGAUCCUCUAAAUCUUUACGGUGACGAGUAGUGCCCCUCAUUCUUGUACCUGCGAUUCAUGCAACAUGUAAUGUUGGCAUUACCAAUGCUGACCUGUACCGGCGGCCAGAUAUGAGCAGUGUGGCAGUGCACGACGGACUGGAGUGCGCGGUGGCCCCUGAUCAGAUUACAAAGCUAUUUCCAAAGUGUCGUCCACGUGAUAUCAACCUGAAUCCGGUUUCGACAGCAUCUGCAGGCUUCCAACAACAGGAUGACAGCAAUGAUAACAUGCUCUUGGUGAUGGACACAGCGGGGGCAGUUACUGACUCCCAUCAGGAAAGGUGUUCAGCAACUCUUCCUGAAGACAGUGCUACAGGAAAUGGUACUGUGGAUGGUGUGAAUGGGAUUUCGGUGCCUCUGCAUGUCGUCACAUCUGGCGGAUCAGCAGGUGGCUCGCGAGCUGGCUCUGCAUCUCCGUCAGGUGGUUCCCACUCUGGCUCGGUGUCCGGCUCACAUUCUGGCUCCGUGUCCAGGUCGGGUUCUGCUUCAGAGGAUGGUGAUGGUGAAGCUGACGGGCCUAUGACACCAGCAGCACCGAAUGCCAAUGGUACGGGGGCAUAUCGGCUCAGGGAUUCAAGAAUUAUCGAAAUAGCAGGUGGCCGGGAGGUCUUCUCCCACAGUAGGAGACGCCAGCGUGGCUCUGGUGGCGUCUGGGAGCUGAGACACCCUGUCAGGAAUGGCAGAAGUACAGUACCUAGUGUGGAUGGUGACGAUGGAGACAUGACAGAGACAGUGUUCUCAUCAGAAGUGCGGCGUGUUCGACACAGUCCAGCUGAAGUAGUGGUCUUCGAUGAUAUAGGUGAGAGUUGGCAAGAGCAAGUUGACAAUACGGGUCCAACACUGCACUACUUCCAGAGUCCGUCUCUGACGACAGGAGGGGAAGUAGAUAUUACAGAACGUGAUGGAGGAAACAGGAGUCCUGUAGGUGCAAGAGUGAUUGGUGGUCUGCCAAUUGCUCAGUACGAGGGGUCUCCUCGGCGUUACGGCCCCAGGCAGUCGUCCGUGUCUCGCCAUGGAACACAUUCAGUCAGCUUGCCAAGUGCACAGAGCUUGCUCAAUUCUCCCUCUGUGUAUCCACCUAGGCCUGGCUUCCCACAGAGGGUCCUCACAUCACAGCAGCAACAGGCAUCAUCCCAACAGCCACAGCAGCAACAGUCACCACAACAGCAGCAGCAAGAUGAACAAGAGACAGAAACUGGCAGUAGUGGAGGAGAUGGUACAGGAACAGGAGCCUUCGACUACUUGUACGAGUUUUCUGAAACGCGGAAAGUACUGGAGGAGUUCUUUAAGUGUCCACCAGAAAAUUCUGUGAAUCACACACAACAGCAACAGCAGCAGCAGCAGGCUGCAUCAGACAGUUUCAGAGAGCUGGAGUACGAGUUGAGACGGCAGGCGGCAGGCAGCGCUUAUGUAGGGCAGAGAUUGGCCAAGGAGAGGCCCGACCAAGAGGACAGCCCACGCAGACCGAUGGGUGGCGGCAGUGGCGGUGGCCUCCUCGGCAGUCAGGCAGAUCUUUCUGCAGCGGGUUCGGGUUCAACUGAAGACCUUGGAGACACAGAGGUUGGACUGCAGGUUGGCCACAGCCGGAACUUCACACUUUCUCCAGAGACUACAGAUUGUGAUUCGAACUGUGGUGAUCUCGACAGUGAACUAUCACUUACUCCAGCACCAGAAACCAUUGUAGGACAAGGAUUGGACAGCAGUGGAGAAGGACCAUGUUCCAGUAUCCCUCUUCCGAGGCCUGCAAUGCCUGUAUUAGAGGAUGGGCUGUCAUCUGGUCAUGCCUCUGAUGCUGACAGUGGUACUGGUCCAGGUGGAAGGCAUGGGCCAUCACCGUCACCAUCUGGAAGGUUGCUACCAGGUUCUGCAGUGGCUACUGCUGUUACCUCACCACAGAUGCAGGCUACACCUCCACCACCUGCACCUCAGCCACACCGCUCAAUUGCAGUUCCGGGGGACGUUACAUCUGCGUCAACGAGCACUGGCUCUGCAUCUGGUAGCUCUGGUGGGUCGGCCACUUCUGCAUCGUCAGUAGAAGCGGCAAUCAGGGAUAUCAGGCUCGCCUUGCAGCGCACUAAAACGUUGACACCACCUGAUCCUGUACCUGACGGACCCGAUAGAUCGCCUAGUCCUGUCUGGGUGCCAAGGUCUCGGAAUGGCAAUGGCACAUCAGACCGCUUACGUGGAGCUGACGAGCCUGAUGGCGACGGGGCUGAGGAGGGAGAUGAAGAGGCUGAUACAGAUUUGGAGACAGACAGGCUGUUGGGCCAACAGAGGACCGAUGAUCAUGGUUUUUUUGAUGAUGGAACAACAUGGCGGGGUGCAAAGUCUCGCACAGUGGGUGCGGGUAACAAAACGGCACCGAGCAGAACAACAGUGGCACCUCCGGUAGCGGCAGUGUCUCCACCAUCCCCGGGAGAGUCUUCCAGUUCCACAGUCACACCAGCAGGAGCUACUAGAGGAGACACACAGACUACCACUACGUCCAGAAGCAGAAAGGACAAAGAAUCCAGUAAGAAGAAGAGCCGUAACAAAGAAGCUAUGGUUCAUGAACCGGCAGUGCUCAUUGAGGGUGUCCUGUUCCGUGCCAACUAUCUUGGUUCUACACAACUUGUCUGUGAAGGGCAGCCAACAAAAACUACACGUAUGAACCAGGCUGAGGAAGCAGUUUCUCGCAUAAAGGCUCCUGAGGGGGAGACUCAGCCCAGCACUGAAGUGGAUUUGUUCAUCUCAACAGAGAAGAUAAUGGUGCUAAACACUGAUCUCAAGGAAAUCAUGAUGGACCAUGCACUGCGCACCAUAUCUUACAUAGCAGAUAUUGGUGAUUUGGUGGUGCUAAUGGCAAGACGACGCUUCGUGCCACACGAAGUGGAUGAACCACCGAAGAUAAACCGAACUCCCAAAAUGAUUUGUCAUGUCUUUGAGAGUGAAGAGGCCCAGUUUAUUGCACAGUCAAUUGGACAAGCUUUUCAAGUGGCAUAUAUGGAGUUUCUUAAGGCAAAUGGCAUAGAAGAUCAUAGCUUUGUGAAAGAAAUGGAUUACCAGGAGGUGCUCAAUUCUCAGGAGAUAUUUGGUGAUGAGCUACAGAUGUUUGCAAAGAAAGAGAUGCAGAAAGAGGUGGUGGUACCUAAAGCAAAAGGUGAGAUAUUGGGGGUCGUGAUAGUGGAGUCAGGCUGGGGAUCAAUGCUGCCAACAGUUGUGAUUGCCAACCUUGCACCUGCGGGAGCUGCUGCGCGUUGUGGGCAGCUCAAUAUUGGUGACCAGAUCAUCGCAAUCAAUGGUGUCAGUCUUGUUGGACUACCUCUUUCAACAUGCCAGACAUACAUAAAGAACACCAAGAAUCAGACUGUUGUGAAACUGACUGUAGUGCCCUGUGCUCCUGUUGUUGAAGUCAAGAUCAAGCGGCCAGACACAAAAUACCAGCUUGGCUUCAGUGUGCAGAAUGGGGUGAUAUGCAGUCUUCUUCGUGGUGGCAUAGCAGAAAGAGGCGGUGUUCGUGUGGGGCACCGCAUUAUCGAAAUAAACAACCAGAGUGUGGUUGCAGUACCACAUGAAAAAAUUGUCAACCUGUUGGCAACGUCUGUUGGAGAGAUUCUCAUGAAGACUAUGCCAACGUCAAUGUUCCGUCUCCUGACUGGCCAGGAGACACCUGUAUAUAUUUGAAGGCUUUGAUGUAAGAUACAUUGUCAGUGCCUGAUAUUAAUCCAAAGGAUUGUGUUUUCUAGUCAGAUCCAUAGUUUGUAUGAUCAUCGUCUUUGACAGGAGUAUAUUUUAUUAAACCCAAUCCUAUAUAAUAAUUUUACAGACUGGAAAUUCUUGUCAGAUUUAUUGAACACACAAUGUUACAAUGUUAAAUAUAGUAUUCCCAUCAGUUUAGGACCUGUAUAACUACACUGCUCUGUUCAUCGUUUCUUCUUUUUGCUGUUCAAAGUCAUGCCUCAAAAGCCUUUUUUAUAAUUGCUUCAUGUGUAUUUGAAUGCUGUGCAGCAGAAUUUGUCUUGCUGUUAUUGUAUGUCUUUCCUCCCCUGACUGGUAUGUGUAAGCAGCAGAAGUGCCUGUAUAUGAUUCAUCUGUCUGGACGACCACCAGUUCUGUGAAAUGUAUAAAAGUCACAUUCUAAUGUUUAUAAUGUACUCCUUGCAUUAUGAUGAAGCAGCAGCCUGUGGAAGAGGUGUACUUGAUAAAUGAUGGGGCCAUAAUUAUUGUGUGUGUGAGAUGUGUUAUUUCCUUUGGAAAGAAGGCUGAGUUACCUAUUAGAGAUGUCAGAUUCAGCAGGUUACAGAUUUUGCUAGGCUUUUUGCCUUAUUAUAUUUUCCUACUUUAGAUUGUGAUGAUACUAAACAGUCUAAAUUGUUUUCAUUCUCCAAUUUUAACAGCAAAUGUGACAACUAACUUUUAGGACAAAAAUAUUAGCAUUGAAAUAAAUUUGGACUGAGUGCAAAACACUGACAAACUUAUUAAUGUGGAAUGUAAUUGCAUGCAUGCACUGUUUGUUUGUAGAACUGGAAAACAUGCUAUAAUUGUUAGUUCAUUUGUAAAUGUGGAGAAUAUAUUGUCACUAUGCUGUGAUAGAUGCUUUGCAUCUUUGUCAUCCUUGUAUGAUGGCAGCUUGUCAGAAAAAAUACAAUGUGAAUGGAACUUUACUGUUUAGUGAUAUGGAAAAAACUCUCACAUUGAUGUACACAUCAAGAAAAUUAUUAAAGUGUAAAAUAUA